CCUGCAUUGUUGCUCCUCCUUCUUUCUACCACAGCUGAUCCGUUUCCAUUGAUUCAAAUUUGACUAUGAAGUUGUGUUGCAUCGGCCUUCUAGUGGCUGCCACCAUCCAUGACACCGUUGCAAAGAAGUAUUACAAUCAUCAGAUUGCCAAAGACAGGACUGGCCUUUUGGGCCCCCGUUCCCAUCACAUCUAUGAAUCUCAAGAGGACGAAGAAGACGACGGAAAUGAUGUCCGUAAACUCAGAGGGUACCAAGUGAGGAGAACCGAGGGUGAAACGGGGCUACCUUCCUUCCCAGAUGACGAUGAGGAACCUUCGGGUGGCAAUGGUGAAGAAAGCUUUCUCCAGUUCUACACUGCGGAAUCAUUGGACUUUUUCAAGAAGGGAAUUGACCCAGAAAGCUUUGAAUGGGUUGAUCCUGAUGCAAUUGUUCCUGGAGGGGUCACUUGUGGAUUUCUCAAAGCCCCGCUCGGAUCCCUGUCUGAUGUGACCUAUCCCACAGUGGAGGUGUACGUCUGCAUGCGAUUUGCAGUGAAUCAGCCUGCCCCCAAAGGAAACCUGUUUGCUCACUGUGGUGGUCCAGGAUCAUUGAGUGGUUGUGGCGCCUUUGCACCAUUGGGUUACUUGGGUGAAGAUGUUGCAAAUGACUACAAUAUUAUCUCAAUUGAUCAGCGAGGAAUGGGACGUUCUUGGCCAAGCUUCAUCCACGAGGAAUGCUCGCUCAACACAUUUGAAAGGGCUGAAAAUGGUACCAUCAUUGGUACAGUAAAACCACCAGAAUUUGACGCUUUCGAAGGAGCAGAGUUUACUGAAGAAAAUAUCAAGGCCGCUCUCCCUCCAUAUCGGCGAACAGUGCGGGACUGCUGGACGUGUACACGGUGUGACUUCCAAUUGAAUGCUACGCAGGCAGAUGGGAAUGUCACAAAUUUCCACUUCUUGGAGUAUUCUGGCACAAAACAGUUGGCAGAGGAUAUUUUUCGCAUCAGGCUUCUAUUGAAUGCACCUCUAAUGCAUAUGUAUGGUGUGUCAUAUGGCACAGGGGUGUUUUCGACCUAUGCAACUGUAUUUCCAGGCAGUACUGGGCUCCUUGUCCUUGAUAGUAAUGUGAGCCCAAAUCCAGACUUUUACCACAAUGCAAGGACACAGGCCAUUGGUAUCAAUGAACGUAUUGACUACAUCAUCUUCUCCUGCACUGCACGGAAUGUUGUCAAUCCUGGCAGCUGUCCAGUAGAAGACAUGAGGCAAUGCAUUGGGGACAUCAACAGACUCCUUGAAGAUAAAUAUGACUCUACUCCUGGAGGACAGGGCGCAGAAGACCUUCAAAAUCUCGUUCGGAUUCUUCUUGGCAAUGUUGGCAGGGCUGAGGAAAUCUGCAAUGCAGCUGCAAAUGGAGAUACUGAUCUGAUCUUAGAAAUCGAGGAUCAGCUGACACCUGAAGUCAAUGUAGAUGAACAACUGACGAAGCAGGAAGCUGACUUCAAUCCAGCUGCUUUUCCAACUUUCCCCGAUUUGUUUGGUUUUGUUUAUGGCAACCCUGACUAUACCAUAAUCGAUGCAGGCCUGCAAGUAUCAAUAGCCAUGGUCAGAGGUCAGGACCGUGCUGGGGCCAUUUACGACGAUGACAGGUUGGCCAAAGAAGCCAUUGAAAUCAAUGAAAGGUAUACAGGUGCUGGUACUGGGGUACCUGGACAAGUUUUUUUGGGAGAGUAUCUCACUGGGUAUUAUUGGCCAAAAGCAGUCCCUCUGCCACCUGCUGGAAAUACAUUUGCUACUGGAAUCCUUGUUGGCCAACUCUAUGACUCGGCCACACCAUACACCUGGACGCAAGAGAUGAAGAUGGCUUUCCCAAACACGCAUCUACUGACCAGUCAAUCUCUUUUCCAUGGUCUUGGUGAUGCUGAUCCUGAUUGCCAGAGGCAUGUGAAAGAAUAUUUCAGGGUUGGGUAUCCAGUGUUUACAGAUGGAGAAGUUUGUGGAGCGGACUUCGCCAACCAGGAUGCACUGGCCAACGUUUUCAGGACUCCUGAGCUUUAGGACCCCACAAGAAGUUGUAUGCACCGAACCAAUGAUGAUGUCACCGACAGCUCAAGUCCGCUUGCGUGCGUUUGUUUUACAAUCGGAUACAGGACAUGGAACCGAAUGCUCUCUUAGUUAUAUGUUUGUUUAUCUUAUUAGUUUUAUGUUUCAUACGA